AUGGAGAUCACGAAGUUUGUCGUUGAAAGACGUGCUAAGAUACAUAUCGACUCAUCUUACAAGGAAUAUCAAGCUGAACUUACGAGCCAAAUUCAUACACUGAGAAAAAAACUUGACAUCGCGACAAAACGCCGCGCAAAGUACUUCAACAAACCUAUUACUGUGGAGGAUAUUAGUCGCAACCAUGAAUUUGUUCAUGUUCAAUUACUCCUGGCCGAAAGAUGUUAUGCGAACGCAAUGAUGAUGAAGGAAACGCACAUGCUCGACAAAAAUGGUAUAACUGGUCCAACCCGAUCGCACAUCGAUUCUCGCCUUCACAAAGCCGUCAAAUGUGCCCACCAUCUUUUUCGAUUACUGUCCGAUGAGUUGAAUACCCACGCGAACGAUGUUGACAUACUGGAAGUUAAAGCAUAUACUGCUUCUCUCGCCGGAGCGAGGUAUUUCGAGAAGGAAAGUUGGGAGUCCUGUGUGAAGAGCUACUCAGAAGCUUGGAUCAUAUACACUGCACUUUCCAAGGUCACCAAAGCGGAUAUCUUCAAGGAUCUCUUGACCGACCCCGUUGAUCCCAGUAUACGAUACGCGGCUUAUAAGAUGGGACUGCCUCGAACAUUAGCUAUAUCUGCCAUUGCCCGCAAGAAUUUCCCCUCGGAAGAUCAAGAGAUGACAAGGCAGUUGGAAAAGUUAGACCCCGAUUGUUUGAAAGACGAAGGGACAAUAUCAGAAGUCGAAAGUCUGGAAUCAGAUGGGACAAUCAAAACUAUUGUCUGGCGAUCUAGGAGCGUGGUUUUAGAAGAUGCGGCAAUAGCUACUGCCCUUGGAUCAGUAAAGGCAGCAACGACGAAACUUUCCAACGCUCUUUCCUCAUCCAGUCCUAAGGAUAGGGGCUUCGCUUACGACGAUAUUUUAAUCGCUAGUCAAGAGGUAGUAGACGCUACAAAGAAUGCUAUUGACGAGCUAGCUUCGGAGGGCGUUGGGCAAGGAGAUAAGCGAAUGCAAAGCCUAUUAGUAACUAGGACCGCUGUUAGCUAUGAUAUGAUUGGCUGGCGUAUAGGCAGAAACAGGGUAAUGGUGGGACAGCAAGACGGGAUUAUCGACUACGUUCAAUCAUUUUCCGCAGAGAAGAGCAAGAGAUUCAUCAAAGAUGAUUCUAUAGGACGUAAACUCGCAAAACUACGUGAGAAGGUUGUUCUCUAUGACGCAAUCUUACAAAGUAUUGAGUCAAUUAAAGAGCUUCCAGGUGUUGCAGCAGAUUCUAGUCUACAGGAAGAGCUAGAUGCAAAAUAUAGCUAUUUCCAAGCUCUUAAGUGUUUGAUAAUAGCCCGCUCCCACGCAGUUCUUUCAAAUCCCCAAAAUGCACUAGCUCUCUUGAACCGCGCAACAGAAAAAUGCGCAGCUGCCCACUCAAAACUCUCCUCGUCAAUGGACACAACGACUACAGAUGCUCCACCUAAUCUAAAUGUCACUCCCUCCGAAAGUGAAAACCUCCUCGCUUAUCUUCAAUGCGAACUUCAACGCUAUCGAGCCCUAGUUGAGAUAUCUAAUCUCACCUCAACUACCCCCAAACCAGGCGAUGGAAACGCACAACAAGUUCCUUUAGUUGAACGUCUCCAUGAGUACCCAGCCGACGGAGUUGUGGACCUCAAGAAUCUCGUAAACUAUCCUCCAAAACUGGAAGUUGUACCCGUCAAACCACUAUUCUUCGAUUCGGCGUGGAACUAUGUCGAUUAUCCAGGAAGAACAACCGAGAAAGCUUCAGAAAAGGUUGUUGUGAAGGAAGAAGCGAAGGAGUCAGAGCCAGAGGAACCACUGGAGCAGCACCAACAGCAGAAGAAAGGAUGGUUUGGCUUCGGUAGAUAG